AUGACGGACCUCAUCGAUUACCAAGUACAUAGCUUGGAUCUGGCAAACUUUGACACCAUAGUACAGGAUCAAUCCUUAUCUUAUAAACCAUCACCAUUAAAGAAUCAAAUACAGAAUGCAGAACAACAACCACAACAACAAUCUCCACCAUCAUCUCCAAAUAGUCCAAAUAGUCAUGUUGAUAUAAUAACACUGAUAAACAUACUCACGUCUCCGUCUGAAAUAGAUUAUCAAAUAGUUAGUGAUUUCUUCCUAACGUAUAGAUCAUUCAUAUCACAAAGUUCAUUAUUACAAUUACUUAUACUGAAAUUACAAUGGUCAUUAAAACAAAUAGAAGAUACAUCACAUGAGACUAGACAAAACAUUGGUAAAUUAUCAUUAGUUAGAACUUUUGUUGUGAUAAGGCAUUGGUUAUUAAAUUAUUUUGCUGAUGAUUUCAUACCAUUUGUGGAAUUACGUGAAAUUUUUAUAAAUGCUAUAAAUUCAAUUAAAUCAACAGAUUUAUUCGUUACAAGAAUUAUUUCCAAGAUUAAAGGUCAUUGGACUUAUUGUUGUAAUAAAUCAUGGAAUGAAGAUAUAAAUCCAGAUUCUUUUGAUAAUUUUGAUUUGAAAAUUGGUCCACAAAAAACUUCAACAAAAGCUAAAAGAUUAUCAACUUUUGCUAUAAAUCAACAAAGAGAUCCAAUGAUUAGAAAUAGUAUUGUUCUUUCAACUUUUGAUCAGAAAACUAUACAUAAAUUACCAAUUCCAAUACCCAAUAAGCAAGCUAAACCUGCACCAAAGCAAUUUUUGAAUCCAAAAAAUUCAAAUUUAAGAUUAAGUAGAGCCAUUCUAACAGAUCCUAAAACUCAAAAUUUAUACAUACCAUUAACAUCACCAACAAAUACAAAUUUUAAUACUAUAAGAGGUGCAACUGAUUUCCCAAAAGAUCCUAAACCAACUAAAUUCAUUCCACCAACUCCUGUUAAGAAAAUGGAAGUUAAAGUUCAAUUACCAAAUCCUCCAAAAAAUCAAACUCCAAAUUCAAAAGGUUUAAGACCAUUAUUUGAAAAUUGGUUAAAGACAUUUCAUCUUCAUAAUUCAAAACAUAAAUCUAAAGAUAAUAAUGAACAUGUUGAAAAAUUUAUGAGAAGUGUUGUUUCAGUUGCAAGACCUGAUAAUGAAUCAUUACUCAAAUUAACUUUAGAUAAAUUUGAUAUAUUAAGUGCUAGAACAAUAGAUGAAUUGGAAUAUUUGGUUAAAUUCCAUAAUGAAUUAUUAAAUAAACAUGGUGCUAAUUUCAGUCCAGUUAAUGAAUCUUUCAGUUUUACAAUUGAUGAACAAAAUCAAUCGAAAAAUCAAUUACAAAACACAGUAUCAAAUAUUGAUAAUAUGAACAUUUGUGAAUGCAUUACGAAUAUAAACAAAAGUGUUUUAUCUUUCCAACAUAAAUUUAGUGAAGGUGAUGAUAAAUCUUAUAUUUCUUAUGAUUCAACAAUGUCAAGAGAAAAUAAUCAACAAAAAUUGGAAGAUGAUGGAUUCAUUAAGAAGAAAGUUGGAAUUGAAAACUUAAGAGAGUUUAAUUUUGAAAAUGAUAAACCAAGAUCAAUCAUUUCUGAAAGUACUAUUCCAAUGGAUCCAUCUGAUCAAAAAGAAGAACAAAAAGAAAGAGAAACCAUUCAAAAAGCUGAAACUGAAGUUAAUAAUGAGCCUCUUACUCCUGUUUCAAGUGGUGAUAUGAAUAAACCAGAAUCUAAUCAUGUUGAACAACAAUCAUCUCCAAAACCAGAAUCCAAUCAUAUUGAACAAUCAUCAUCAGAAGCAGAGGUAAGCCACGAAGAAAAAGUGGAAGUGGAGGCAAAAUCAGAAACAGAAGCAGAAUCAGUUAUACAAUCAACACCAAAUGCGAAAGAUUCACAAGAAACUAUUGAUCAGACACCAUCAAUUCAAGAAGAUGAAUCUAUAGAGAAAUCAAGACCAGUAUCAUCAAAUAGCGCUAAUACAGACUCAGAUUAUGAUGAAAUUGAAUCAUUUGUUUCUACUUAUGAAGAUGCUGAAGAUAUUGAAAAUGGUGAGGUUGGAAAUGGAAUAACUGCAAAUGAUUCCAAUCCAAAAGAUACCCCAGAAUAUUUGGAACCAACCAACAAUGAUAUUAUUCCAGCUAAUAGCUUAAGUGAAAGUGAUCAUAUUGAACCAACAACACCACCUGCUAUCGAUGGUAUUAUUUCAUCAACUCCACAUAUUUCACCAAUUAAAUCUAUAAUGGAAAGUGAUGAAGAGAUAGAAGAGGAAGAUCAUGUAUCUCCAUUAAAACAAAAAUCAUUGUUGAAUAUGACUGUGAGAUCUCCAAAGUCUGAAAAAUUUGAUUUGAAUAGAAUUCCAUCAUUUAAUCAAGUUAGUCGUGCUGAAAAGCAUUUAUCAUAUCUUUCAAGAAGAUCAAAUAGGUCAUAUAUUUCUUAUGAUUCAACAAGAUCAAAACCUCAAGUUUCAGAUUCCUCUGCAAAUUCAAUUUUCAGUAAUGCUAAAAGACAAAAUCAAAUUGUUAUGAUUCCAGGGAGUGAAAGUAUAAAUGAUGAUUCUGUACAUAGUGUGAAUAAUGUUGAUCAAGCUAAACAAAAACUAAUGAAACAAGAUGAAGAAAGUAUUAGAUUAGUUGAAUCAAGUGACUUUGCUAUUCCAUAUCCAGGUGUUGAUCCUGAUGCUAUAGCAGAAUUAGCUGCAAUUUCUGAUGAUUCAUUCCAAAGUGAUCCAAUCAAUGCAGCUUUGUUGAAAUUGGAAGGUAGUUAUCAAAAAAAUGUUUCUAAAAAAACCAAAACUGCUGAUUCAAGUAUUGAUUCCAAAGAAUUAGAAAGACAAGUUGAUGAUUUAAAUGUUAAAAGUGCUAGAAACUCUAUCUUUAUUGAUCAAAGAAGAAAAACUAGAAUGUUUUCAUUAACUCCUGUGAAACAAAAACCAAUUUCUAUUCAAUCAAGUUCAAAAUUAUUAUUGGAAUUAUUGAUAAAUCACAAGAUUAAUAAUGAAGUUUUAUCAAUUUCAAAUAAUGUUAAUCAUAUUUCAUUUAUUUUGAAUUUCAAUUCCAAGACAUUAGCUGAACAAUUUACAUUAAUUGAAAAAGAUUGUUUAUUAGAAAUUGACUGGAAAGAAUUGAUUGAGCUGAAAUGGGAAUUCAAUAAUAUUGUAUCAAUUAACAGUUGGUUGGAAUUAUUAAUACAAAAUCAAACAAUUCAAGGUAUUGAUCUUUGUAUUUCAAGAUUUAAUCUUACAGUUAAUUGGAUCAUUUCUGAAAUUUUAUUAACAAAAGAUAUCACAUUAAGAAAAUUAACAAUUCAAAGAUUUAUUCAUAUUGCACAAAAUUGUUAUCAAUUACAAAAUUUUUCAACAUUGAUGGAAAUCUUGUUAGCUUUAGGUUCUGGUAAAGUUUUAAAAUUGAAAAAUACAUGGAGAAUCAUUGAACCUGGUGAUAUUUUGAUUUAUAAAAAUUUAGAAAGAAUUUCAUCACCUUUUAGAAAUUUUGCAAAUUUGAGAGGUGAACUAAAUAAUAUUAAACCAUCAAAAGGUUGUGUACCAUUUUUAGGUUUAUAUUUGUCUGAUUUAAUUUUUAACAAGGAAAGAAGUUCAAUAAGAGGGAAGCUCAUCAAUUUUAACAAAUUUAGAACAGAUGCAAAGAUUGUCAAAUCUUUGAUUCAAUGCGUCCAAUGGAGUACAUUAUAUAAAUUAGAUUCUGAUAGUGAAGUUUUGAGUAAAUGUUUAUACAUUAAGGCAUUAGAUGAAGUUGAAAUGAAUGAAUGCUUAAAAGACAUAGAAGGGACAUUAUGA